AUGCGCGCGCGACGGGCGACGUCGUACGGACGCGUCGGGGACGUCGAGGCGUACGACGUCGCCCUGGACGGCGCCGCGCGGGCGUCGGGACGCGGGAAAACGGGCGCGCGAGGGGAUGGUGGAAUGAUUCCAUGCUCGAGCGAUGCGUCGCGUCGCGGUCGCGUCGCGCUCGGGAUGGGCGCGGACGCGGACGGGGCGUCCGUGCUCGACGCCGCGAUCGGAAGCGAUCGAGCGGUGGCGUCGCGGUGGACGACGUGCGCGGAGACGGAGACGAUGGUGCGAGCGACGCGACGCGGACGCCGAGGCGAAGAGGCGACGGCUCGGACGGACGCGAGAAGCGUCGUUCGCGAGGUCGCGUGCGAGACGAGCGCGCGGGACGGGAGGGCGGUGACGGUCGGGGUUCGAUGCGACGAUGGGGCGAAGCUGAUCAGGGGGUGGGUGACUUUGGAUGGGGAGACGCGGUUGGAGACGGUUGAAGACGCGAGCGGAGACGACUGGAGCGCGUGCUCGAGCGUCGCCGUGAGCGAUAGGAUGGAGUGCGAGUGCGCGGUAGCGCUGCGGUGUGGCGACGUUGGGGUGUUGAGCGCGGCGGAGGGCGCUCGUGCGGGUUCGGGGAGGCGAAGGAUCGUUGCGGAGUGGGCGCGUGAGCGCGAAACGGCGCACGAUGCGUCGCAUUAUGGAGUCGCGUACGCGAAUCAUCCUCGCGCUUUACUGCACGCGGUGAACGUCCCGGGAAGCAGCGUGCGCUCGCGUGUAUACUUAGUCGAUACGCGCGCGCGGGGGGGCGAGAAUCGAAUGGCGCACGAGGCGGAUGGUGGAGAAUUCAUUCGAACGAUUUCGGCAAUGCGUGAAUUUUUGUACGCGACGUCCGUACGAAUGUACGAGGUAUCCGGUAUUGAGUCUUCAUUCGUCGAGCUUCGUGAUCUGCGACGCGCGCGGGAUCCAGUCGCUCGAUGGGAGCACCUAGGCCUGAGCGCACCAGCGACGGUUCGUAUCUUUGAUUCCGGAGCUUGGCGCGGUGAGCCGUCGAGAGCAAUCGGCGUUUGCGCAUUUUCUACGAGCGAGAGCGAAGUGUACCUGUACGAGUGUCGACGCUACGCGGGUGAAAAGAGAGGACACUCCGGUGAACAAAUAUGCCCUUUGUCGUACGGGACGUGCGUCUCGCUGCCGUGCGCGGACUCCGUGCGCGGAUUCGCGAUGACGCAAAUCAACUCAACGCUCGGCGAAUUGACGUGGAUGGACCGACACGGCGAGUGGAGUCAGUCGUAUGAUAUCGGUGCCGACAAUGAAGCGUCGGCGUCACGAUCUAUUCAAUUCGAGACCCCACGUGCGGAAAUUCCGAAGACGCAGGCUCGCGACGUGGUCGCCGCGGCGGUGAUGGAAACGAGCGCGGUGAAUCCUCAAUCGUUCGUUUCGAUGCCCCACCUCUACAACUUUGUCGUGCACGCUGCGGUGCCGGGAGGAAUGUGCAACGAGUCUUCCCCGUCGGUUGAUGCCGCCGUACGAACAGAAGUGAUGAAGAAUCGAGCCGGAUUGCACGCCGUGUUCAGUGACGGUUGGAGGAUGAACGUGAACGAGCUUUUGGAAUGCGCCGAGUACCUACAAUCCAAUACAGCUGCGUCGCCCUCGCUCGUUCUCGACGAGUGGCGCAGACAAAUAGGCGGUGCCGCCGCGGCAAAGAAAGGAUACGUGAAGAUGCGUAAAGCUAAAGCCGAACGAAAUCCAAAAGAUGCCAUCGAAAAUCCGUUCAACUUCAAAAAUGUGUCCGGCCGGCGACAGACACGAGAAAGUGAGUGGAACAGAGCGUUUCACGGUGAAAUUAUUGCGCCCGCCCUCGAAGCAGCACUCGCAGAUUACGCUCGCGGCGAUGAAUCUGGGCGAGCGAUAUUUUCGAGACGAUUACGCCACGCGGCUAGGUGCUUGGAGACGAUCGACGCCAAGACUUGGAGUGAAGCAGGUGGCAAAACCGCAGAUGCGGCGCCUCAGUCAUCGAGGAAUCCACCAUUUUCAUCGAGCGAUCCGGUAGUGUACUCUCAAGGCGACGAUGAGAAGAACGAAUCGUCGUUUUUGGACCGGUUGUUAGCUGAGUGGAGGUCGUGA